CCAAUGGCCAUCGUUUGUGUUUUUCUGCUCUUGUUGAUAUUUUUUCCAGUUCGAAAUCAAUGUUUAACUUAAAUAACAAUCUUUUAAUACAGAAAUAGAUCCUUGUGUUAGGUUUUAAUCAAUCAUCGUUACAGUUCCUGACUGAAAAUCUACAUCAUAGAAUGGCAUCAUUACCAGAUAAUAAUAAUAGUGAGUUGAACGACGAAAUUCCUAUAAACAACGAAAAAAAAGAAGAACCAGAAGAUGAUCAAGAACCAAAAAAUGAAAACACGCCACAGGAUGAAAAUGAAAAUACAACCAGUAUAGAUUUAUUUGGCUCUAAUCGUCCCGUCAAUAUUUGUUCUCCGUUGAAUGUGCAAAGUUCUUAUAAACCUGUUUUUGGUACCAGUAGAAGUAUUUUGAAACCAUCAACCUUGUUCACUGAUGCAAAUACCUUCACACCUUCUGUUACUUUUGGUAACAAUACCAGUAAAACUGUGAAACUGAAACCAUCUGUGUUAGCCAAUCCUUUUGUAAAUAAUGAGUUCAAUAAAACUCUAGAUUCAAAAGCAAACUGUGAUGAGAAGUCCGAUAAGUUACCGCAGUCGGAAAAUAAUUCUUCAUCGGAGGAUACGAAAAGUUCGGCAUCAGGUCCUAAAUUCGUCCCAUUAAAUGGCCCCUCAACAACACCUAGUGUAAGUUUAGCUGUAACUUCUUCUGCCACUAGUUCUACUGUUCCUGUUGUUUCCAACUCCGCGGCCUCCAGCACGCCUAGCAGUACUUCCAUUUCAACAGAAUUUGUAUUCGGACAAAAUUUACACGAAAGAGUGACGAUUGAAAAAGACGCCACUCAACAACCUCAAGAAUCUGUCACCCAAAAUGGUACCUCUUUUUCAGAGAUGUUAUUUUCUUCAGCACUCAAACAAGAAUCAGCAAAUGCAAAACAAGAAGACGGAAGUUCUCACGUGUUUAGUAAUGGUAACGCUAAAACAUUAAGCGUUUCUGCGAAAGAAUACGAAGAAGCUCGUUCGGUUAAAAGAAAGUACGAAGAAGUUGCCAUUGUGACUGGCGAAGAAGAUGAACAGAAUGUGUUACAAAUAAACUGCAAGUUGUUUGCAUUUGAUAAUGCUUCGAGUAGUUGGGCUGAACGAGGAAGAGGGACGUUACGUGUUAAUGAUAAAGAAACGUCUGAAGGCCGGAAUUCCAGAUUAGUGAUGAGGUUACUUGGGAAUUUACGACUUGUGCUUAAUACUAAAAUAUGGAGUGAUAUGAGUGUCGAACAUGUCAGUAAGAAGAGUGUUCGAUUAACAGCCAUUGAUAAUGAUGGUCAAGUCAGAAUUUACUUAGUCAUGGCAAGUCCGAAAGACUCAGAGCAAUUGUACAACGUUCUUUCAACCAGAAUACAAAAAAAGAAAUUGAAAGUAUCUGCCGAAGAAAGCACCUCAACCAGUUCUGCUAAAGUAGCAUAACUCUUGUAAAUGCCCUUUCAUCUUCUGUUUUAUUCAUUACUAUUUUUGGAAAUUUGUGUACUUGGCUACCUUCCUUGUACUCGUGAACAAUUUGGUUGCUUAAAGCUUAUUUAUUUUAUAUUAGUAUUGGAUACACUGAAGAAUGUAACCGAUUAUCAAAGUCUGUUAUUUUUUCUGGAUUUGUCCCCUAUCUUCGUUCGCAAUAGUUAUUGAAUUGGUUUUGUAUGAUAAUCGAUUGUAUUUUUUGAUUCUGAAUGAAUAAGUAUAAGUUUUUACAUUCUAAAAAAAAGAAAAGUAAUAAAUCAUAGUGAAAGACA